AUGGGGGACCAGGGCGAUCCGCUCGGGCCGUUCAAUAGGUACUAUAGUCGACAGCGGAACCCCACGGUGGAGCUGCGAUCGCAUGACGCGACGGAGGGCUACAUGGACUUUUUGCUGGCCAACACGGAGGCGUCCGUCGCCAACACACUGCGCCGCGUGAUCCUCUCGCACGUCCCGACGAUCGCCAUCGAGCUCGUGGGCAUCGAGGAGAACACGUCCCCGCUCCCAGACGAGUACCUCGCGCACCGCCUGGGCCUGGUUCCCCUGGUGUCCUCUGCGGAAGUGCACCGCUUCCACACAAUCUACGAGGCCGAGGACGCGGAGGACUUCCCGGAGGCGGAGCUCUCGCUCGCGCUCACCAACACGAGCGGGGAGAACGUCGUCGUGACCACGAACAUGCUGAAAAUCGACCAACAGUAUCCGUCGAUCAGGCCCGUGGGCUUCGACGAGAGCGAUCCGUCGGGCGGGAUCCCGAUCGUGAAGCUCGCGCAGAACCAGUCCGUGCGACUCACCGCCAUCGCGCGCAAGGGCAUCGGGAAGGACCACGCCAAGUUCCAGCCCGUCGCGACGGCAGUCUUCCAGUACGUCCCGGACAUCCGCAUCAACCAGGCGCUGUUCGCGCAGCUCAGCGACGAGGAGAAGCAGGAGCUGGUGGACGCGGACCCGAAUUCGACGCUGGCGAUCAACGCGGUGACGGGGGAGCUCGAGGUGCCGGAGCCGGAGCGGUACGCGUGGGACGAGGAGGUGCUGCGGAAGUCGGAGGAGCUGGGAAAGCCUGGGUUGUUGACGAUCAAGGCCAAGGAUCAGUAUGUGUUCAAGGUGGAGAGUCUGAAGCAGCUGACGUGUCCGGAGAUCGCGGCCUCGGCGUUCGAGGUGAUCACGAAGAAGCUGCGCGGGCUGCUGGCGCACGUGGAGGGCGCGGACGUGGCUGCGCAGGCGGAGGACCUGGAGAUGGACCAGAGCUGA